AUGGGUCGCGAGCAGGAAGAAGAUGGGGCCAAGACAAAGCCUAAGCACAUAGCAUUUGAAGAAGUGAGCCUGGAUGGGAGCGACGAGGAUGAUGGAGCUGUCGAGGUCACCUUCGAUCCAGGAAAUCCAUACCGGAGAAAAAGCUCAAUGGUCUCGUCGGAAGCUCCUGUGCCUGCGACAAAGCGCAUGCCUCCAGGCCGACGAGCCGAGUGCGUGGUUCAUCAAUUGAUAGAGGAGCAACGAAAGUCCAAGGAAAGAUCGGCUGGGAACUCUCCCAACCGCAACCAGUAUCAUGCGCAUCCGAUAUACUCGGAGUCACAGAGACACGACGGAGCGGUCGAUAUUAGCAAUGAAAAGAAUAUGGACAGAAUCAUCGAUAAGAAGUGCCCUGCCGCAGAGCAAAGCUGCCGUGCAGUCCUCGACCCUAAUUACUUGGAGGAUGAUAACGAGAUAGGACAGGUGGACCAGAAGGCUUGGACGAAAGAAAUGACCAAGACUGAUUCCGAGACAAAUCUGCACCAAGAGUAUGACGCUGUCCAUAGUCGCAUGUUGACCAAAAAGCAGCUGAGUGAUAUGGCUUGGGGAGUUCGCGAGCUGAGUAGGCGGCUGAGCAGCAUGCGCAUCCGCUUCCGAGUGAGAACCAUCUUUCUUCUGACAAAGAUUCACGACUCGGAUUUGAUUGUCAAAACAAGGGCCCUGGCGCAGUGGUUGCUCAGUAAAGAGCGAGAUGUCAAAUACGUCGUGUAUAUAGAGAAAAUGCUCAAGACCAACAAGAGGUUUGACGCGGGAAAGCUGGUUGACGAUUUGGCUCACGAAUAUGCCAAAGAUGGUAGCGUGACUGAGGAUAGUGCUCGCGAAGGAGUCCAGAGACGCCUCCGGUACUGGGACGAGGACAUGUGCAGAUCACGACCUCAUUCGUUUGAUUUUGUCAUUACUCUCGGAGGAGACGGAACAGUCCUCUACGCGAGCUGGCUCUUCCAGAGGAUUGUGCCACCGGUGCUGAGCUUUGCGCUGGGGAGCCUUGGAUUCCUGACCAAGUUUGACUUUGAAGACUACCAGCCGAUCCUCAAUUCUGCCUUCUCAAAGGGCGUGACGGUCAGCCUGAGGCUUCGGUUCGAGUGCACAGUCAUGAGGAGUGUGCGCAAGAGGCUCCCAGAGUCGGAAUCUGAUGAGGAUGACGACGAGUCGCACUAUAGGCGGGAUCUGGUGGAGGAGCUGAUUGGCGAGGAAAAUGAAGACGAGCACACACAUCGGCCGGAGGGGACGUUUGAGAUUUUGAAUGAGUUGGUUGUUGACCGAGGGCCGAAUCCAACCAUGUCUUUUACGGAAAUCUUUGGAGAUGACGAGCACUUUACUUCGGUGCUCGCAGACGGCAUUUGCGUAUCUACACCAACAGGUUCGACGGCCUAUAACCUCGCCGCUGGCGGCUCCCUAUGCCACCCCGAGAACCCCGUCAUGCUCGUCACCUCCAUUUGCGCCCACACGCUGUCGUUCAGGCCAAUCAUCCUACCGGAUACGAUCGUCCUGCGCGUGGGCGUGCCCUACAACGCCAGAACGGCCUCGUGGGCUAGCUUUGACGGGCGCGAGCGAGUGGAACUGAAGCCCGGCGACUAUGUGACGGUCAGCGCGAGCAGAUAUCCCUUUGCAUCGGUCCAGACGGAAGGGCGGAGGAGCGAAGAUUGGAUAAAUAGCAUCAGUGGUAAGCUGGGAUGGAACACGAGACAGAAGCAGAAGGGAUUCAAAGAGUGGGAUAAAUGA